AUUAAUUAAUUAGCAUCACAAAAUGCAUUUCAUCACUCUCUUCUUCUUCCUUUUCCUCUCUAUCAACACCCUCACUUCUUCAACAUCAUCAUCACACAAUGAAGACACUUUAAAUUUUGUUGGUCCUAUAGACCGCAAGUUGUUAGGCAUAAACAAGAAGGAAAAACUAAGUCAUUUCAAAUUCUUCUGGCAUGACAUUAUGAGUGGAAAAAACCCAUCUUCAAUUAUGGUUGUUCCACCAACAUUAAACUCAACCACUGGUUUUGGUUUUGUCAACAUGAUUGACAACCCUUUAACAUUAGGACCAGAAUUGAGUUCCAAACUUGUUGGAAAAGCUCAAGGCUUCUAUGCAUCUGCUUCACAGGUUGAACUUGGUUUACUUAUGGCUAUGAAUUUUGCUUUCAUUGAAGGAAAGUAUAAUGGGAGUACUAUUACUAUCUUGGGGAGGAAUCCGGUUUAUGAUAAGGUUAGAGAGAUGCCUGUUAUUGGUGGGAGUGGACUCUUCAAAUUUGCUAGAGGGUAUGCUCAAGCUAAUACUCAUUGGAUUGAUCUCAAAUCUGGAGAUGCUACGGUUGAGUACAAUAUCUAUGUUUUUCAUUAUUGAGUUGUUAAUUAUUGUUGUUGUAAUAUUUAAGUAAGAAAAGAGAAUAAGAAUGAGAAAGAUAAAUAUGAAGGUCUGAGUGUCUUAAAUGAGGAGUAUAUUUAAGAAAUAAAGUUGAUUUGAAGUUUAAAUUAUCUAAAGAGAAACUAGUAGAAGACCCGUGCGUCCGCACGGGUAAAUCAAAUCUUAAGAUGAAUAAUGUAUUACAAACGCAAAAAAAGAAGUUU